AUGUCGUUGAAUAUUAAAAUCCGUGCUAAUUAUGAAGGGCAAUACUUUCGAAUAAAGGCUGGUCUGAUCUCGAAGUUGCCUCCUAUUGUUCCUGCAGUUAAUGCCUCCUUGUCCUCCCCCCCUACGGUUUCCUCCAGUCUGAAAGGGCUUAAACUUCCGACGAUCACAUUACCAGAAUUCAACGGGGAUUUCAAUGAGUGGUUAGCGUUUCACGAUACAUUCCUCGCGUUGAUCCACUCAAAUCCGGACGUUCCAGCAAUCCAGAAAUUUCACUACCUCAAAUCGGCGGUUUCAGGCGAGGCCGCACAGGUGAUUGAAUCGUUCGCUAUCAGUGCCACUAAUUACCCAUUGGCUUGGCAGGCGCUGAUAUCCAGGUAUGCAAACGAGUACCUCCUUAAGAAGAGACAUCUGCAGGCAUUGUUGGAGAUUCAACGGGUAAAGAAAGAGACGACAACUUCGUUACACGGGAUCGUUGAUGACUUCGAGCGGCAUACCAAAAUUUUGCGGCAGCUUGGAGAACCAGUGAAUGCAUGGAGUAUGAUGUUGGAACAUUUGCUGUGUGUCCGCCUUCCCGACGAUUCUCUCAAGGCAUGGGAGGAUCAUGCAUCUACGAUCGAAACUCCAUCCUACGAGUCCUUGAUCGAGUUCCUGCACCGCCGAAUUCGUAUUUUGGAGUCAAUUUCAGUGAAUCAUGCUCAUCCGUCACCACAGUAUGUCACAUCCUCUCAUGUUUCAGCAAAUCGAACUUCCUCCCACAUGAAAUCGUCCUCUAACUCUGCAUUCGAUAGUGCACCUAGCAAAUGUUAUGCUUGUGAGCAGCGCCAUCCGUUGGUAAAGUGUGCGAAAUUUGAGAAGAUGAGUCCUGCGGAUAGAUUACACCUAGUCAACGAUAAACGGUUGUGUUUGAACUGUUUUCGGAACGAUCAUUUCUCCAGAAAUUGUCAGUCGAAAUAUACCUGCAGGUUUUGCAGAAAACGUCACCAUUCGCUUCUCCACUCUGGGUUUGGGGACAACUCCGGUCAAUCCCGCUCCGACCAAGUCCCAUCUACCUCUGGCAAGGCUGCCCGUAUGACAACCAAUGUGAACUUGUCUUCUCCGUGCGACGAUUCCGCAUCUUCAGUCCUUUCCGCUGCUACAGCCAUUCAACCGAUGGAAAUCGCAUGUAGUCUACCAAUGCAAGGUGUCGAGAAAAACGUUUUCAUGUUGACAGCAAUCAUUAAGGUCGUCGAUCGCUAUGGUAAAGAGCAUUUGGCACGUGCUCUGUUGGAUUGCGCAUCUCAACCAAACUUGAUCUCUGAGCAGAUGGCUCAGCUCCUGCGGCUCAAACGAAGCAAAACAAACGUUCUGAUUCAAGGAAUAGGCAAGCAACCUCAGAACGCUAGAGAAUCCGUGCACGUCCAAAUCCUUUCCAGAAAAGAAGAAUUCUCAGUGGAUGCUGAUUUCCUGAUUCUUCCAAGGGUCACUCCUGAGCUUCCAGCACAUGAUAUUCCAUUUGAUCAUUGGAAGCUUCCAUCGAACAUUUUCCUCGCUGAUCCACAAUUCCACAAGCGUGCACCGAUCGAUAUGAUUUUAGGAAUUGAGCACUUCUUUUCGUUCUUCAAGACAGCAAACAGAAUAAAUAUCUCCAGAUCCCUUCCGAUGUUGAUCGACAGUGUCUUCGGUUGGUUAGUUUCCGGUUCCACCAACAAGGUUCCUCCCGCAGCAAAGAAUCCUCCAUGCAGCAUAGUAGCUGUAUCCUUGUUCACUCUAGAAGAGAGCGUCGAACGUUUCUGGCAGGUGGAAGAGUUGCCAACCCGAUCGGAUUACUCGAUAGAAGAGAAGCUUUGCGAGAAAGUGUUUUCGGAUACUACUUCCAGGACCGCAGAAGGGCGUUACGUGGUCCGUCUACCUCGUCGGUCAAACUUUGAUGAAAUGGUGGGAGUCUCAAAAUCGAUGGCAAUGAAACGAUUUCAACUCCUUGAGAAAAGACUUGCGCGUAAUCCAGAGCUGAAAGAGGAAUACCACCGGUUCAUGACGGAAUACCUCUCCCUUGGACAUAUGCGAUGUGUGCACGAGGACGACAGGCAAUGUUUUUCAUCGUAUCUGCCGCAUCACCCAGUAGUGAAGGAAGCCAGUACAACGACGAAGCGCUGUUAG